CGCGCGUCCCCGCGCGAUUCUCCACACUGGGUUGGCUGGCUGCUCGCAGGCUCGAGGAUGCGAGCGGGGAUUUAGUUUCAGUGUCUUUUCCAGCCCGCGCCAGAUUGUUAUUACCUUUCAGCGACACGCAGGGACGGAUUUAGCCUCACGAAACAAGAUUUGAGGCCACUCUUCUCCACACGGAAUAUGAUGCAGAAUUCAUUAUUUCUUGUGGGAAUACUAUCAAACACUGCUGGUCAUCAAUGAACUCGGUUCCAUAAAGAAUACAAGAGAACAAGACAGUGUUUAAGGGAAGGAGAUCAAAGAGCACUUUUUUUUGAUAUGGCAGCAACAGAGGCUAACACGGAGCCUGUCCAAGCGGACACCGUGGAGACCAAAGCUGAGGAGGAGCCUGCAAAUGUGGAGUCAACCCCUGCUCCAACUGAGGAAACACAGCCUACCACUGAGGCGCCCCAAAGCACGGAGCAACCAGCAGACAAAGUCAAGCCAGCCUCAGAGAAAAUCUGGGACUCUUUUCUGAACAAAAGUGGGCUUGGAAAAGUAAUGGGAGGGAAGAAGAAAAAAGAACAUAGUACAGUAGCUGAGGAUGCUGCUGGGGAAGAGCCAGAUAAGGCCACUGCCACAAACCAGAGUGAUCAAGGUGAUGCAGCAGAUCCUAAGGUACAGCCAGCUAGUCAGUCGGCAGAGGCAGGUGAAACUGCACCCGAAGGUCAAGCUAUUGAAAAAGUACCAGAAAAUGAGGAGGUCGUCCAAGAGCAGAAGAUGCCUGGUGCCAAGCCAAAGCAAGGAGAAAAGUCCAGUGUACGUGAUUUCAUCCGCAAGCCUGUUGCCAGGAUUUUCUCCCACAGAAGCACAGAGAAAAAGGAUGGUACAGGGGAGGUUCAAAAACAUGGGAAGGUUCGGUCAAAAUCUCUUGACAGACUGGAGGAUGCUGAUGCCAACACAGUUGUGGUGGAUCAAAUUGAGGACCCACAGGCACCAGAGGAGCCAGACAAGUCAACCUCCCAAAGUACAAAACACAUGAAACGCUGGCACUCCUUUAAGAAGCUUAUGGCACAGAAGAGCCACAAAAAAAGCACUGAUGACUCCAAAGAUGUGGAAGGAGCAGAGGGUGUCAGUGCAGAUGCACCAGGGGACACUGGGACCCUGGACUCAACUACAAAGUCAGAGCACACCGGGCAAAAAAGAUGGAAACUGAAGAGGUCGUGGACAUUUCAAGGUCUGAAGAGAGAUCCAUCCAUUGUUGGGAUCCACAAACCAAAGGAUAAAGACUCUUCAGAUAACCUGAAAGAUGAAAAUGCCCCAGAGGGAGAGCAGGGGGCCACACGAGUGUCUGAAGGCGAUGAAGAAAAUCAAGAGAAGGCCAGUGCAGAGGGAGAAGAAGAGAAAGGGGCAAGUGCUGCUACAACACGGGCAAAGUUUGUGGAUCAGCAUGCAAACGAGAUCUGGACCUCGUUUAAAAAACGAGUAAUUCCCAAGUCAAAGAAAGCAGCAGACGCGAGUGGAGGAGAGGAGGAACCAGCGGGUGAACAAGAACAGACUGACGAACCACAGGCGGGUAAAGACUCAAGCAAGACUGCCAAGUCUAAAAGGACACAUUUCAACCGUGCUGUGUCACUAAAGAAUUUCAUACUGCGCAAGGGGAAGAGUGCUAGCAUGGAUAUGGGGGAGGGCACAGCAGUACAGAAAGAGGGCGAAGGGGAAGCUAAAGAAACGGAUGGCCCUGCAGACACAGCUGGGUCAGCUGACCUCCCACAGGGUGGAUCAGAGGACCAGGCUGCCACACAGAGUGGGAGCGACAACGGAGCUCAGGUGGCAGACGAGCACAAGAGCGCUGAUGGAGAGGAGAAGUCCCUACCAAGCAUACCAUCUGGUCAACAGUCAGACAUGCCUCACUUAGCAUCAGAGGGAGGAGGCCAGACAGAGCCAACAGUGGAACCCAAGACCAAUGGUGAGAAUGGAUGUUCAGAUGCUGCAUCAGAGGACACCACAGCACACAAUCAUGAGCCUCCUGUCCAGAAUGACGAUGGAAAGACAGAAGAGACCAACCAGGAGGACAUCAACUCUAGUGACAAAACUUGUCCAAAGGAUGGGAAGAUCCUGAAUCAAGAUGGGAAGUGCGGCACUGGAAAAGCAGUUGCCCAAAGCGAAAAAAAGGCGGGAAACGUGUGACGCUACACAAAGAGGAUUAGAUCUGCAUGGGAUUCGUUCAGCGAGGAGCUUUGCCCCCCCCCC